UAAUAGUGCAGAUUGUGCACAGGGCUGUAGAUUAUGAGCGACCAGGAGGACACUCGAGAGGACGAUCGGAUCUUGCGAUCGGCAAGGCGCCCACUAGCCCAUUUGGCAUUAGGAUCAGAGGGCGACAAACAUCUGUUCUGCCAGCUUAGGGAGAGGCAGCAGCAGCAGAGGAGGGCUAGAGCAGCAGAGGCUAGCAGGGCACUUGUGAGUGAAGCCGCAGCUUCAGAAGCCAUGGCCACCUUAGCACAACAGUCUACUCAGACCGGUAGUUCAGGGUUUGUUGGGUCAACGGUUGCACAAACCCAAAGUCAGUCCACUGGCGUCAUGGCGAGCCAGCCAGUAGUGUUAACUCCCGAUGAGAUUGCCAUACAACAAGCAGCAUUGCAGGGGGCACAGCUAAAGAAGGCGUUCGGAGAAAUAAAAGCGGAGAAAGAUAGAAUGAUUAGAAGAAGAGCCAGGAUGCAACGUAGACAAGCGGACGUUAGUGAUUUAGAGGAGAUGGACCUGACGAACGUGAGUGAUGAUGUGAGACUCCACGUUAUGAAUCGGACAUUCCAUGACUACUUGGAUAAGUUUGUCAUCGUGUACCUCGAUAACAUACUUAUUUUUAGUAAGACUGUCGAGGAGCACGUUGCGCACUUGGACAAAGUCCUUAGUCUCCUACGACAGCACCAGUUUAAGAUCAACGGUGAGAAGUGCGAGUUUGGCCGCACCCGUGUCUUGUACUUGGGUGAUGAGAUAUCCGCGGAAGGGUUGAAGCCCGAUGAUGCGAAGGUGGCCAGCAUUCGUGAUUGGCCACGUCCUCAGUCUGUGAUUGAGAUGAGAUCUUUCUUAGGGAUGACCGGCUACUAUCGCAACUUCGUGGAGAACUAUAGCAUAGUUGUCGCCCCUUUGACUGAUCUGACCCGCCUUGACACCCCAUGGGAGUGGACUGAGAGAUGCGAGGCUGCUUUCAGACAUCUGAAGCAUGCGUUGACGCAUUACGACGUCUUGAAACUUCCUGAUCCUGACAAGCCAUUUAUAGUAACUAUGGAUGCUAGCCAAUAUGGCAUAGGCGCCGUUCUUGCACAACAGGAGGGGGAAAAGUUAAGGCCAGUAGAGUACAUGUCCAAAAAGAUGCCCUCUCAGAAGUUGGCAAAGUCCACCUAUGAGAAGGAACUCUACGCGGUGUACAAGGCUCUGACCCAUUGGAGACACUAUCUCCUUGGGAGGCGUGGUGAGAGCCUGUCCAUGGAUUUCAUGGAUACGCUGGUCACCAGCAAGACUGGAAUGCGCUACGUCUACGUCAUUGUGGAUAGAUUUAGGAAGUUUGCUAGAUUAGCUGCAAUGCCUGAGACACCGAAGACUGAGCAUGUAAUUAAGCUGUUCAAAGAAAAUUGGGUUAGAGAUUUUGGAUUACCAAAGUCUAUAGUCAGUGACCGUGAUGUGCGAUUCACAAGUGAAUUGUGGAAAGCCGCAGCUGCAGAACAGGGAACGCAGCUGCAGAUGACAUCGGGAAACCAUCCCGGGGCGAAUGGACAAGCAGAACAGUUGAACUGCACUGUACAACACUUGCUGAGGCAUUAUAUUAAGCCAAAUCAGGUAGACUGGGAUGAGAAGCUUGCUCUCAUUGCCAGCCUGUACAAUAACGCGGUUCACAGCGUGACAGGCGUGAGCCCGAAUAGUCUGCGCCGCAGCUGCAGAACAGGGAACGCAGCUGCAGAUGACAUCGGGAAACCAUCCCGAGGCGAUUGGACAAGCAGAACAGUUGAACCGCGCUAGGGUCCCGCGCUGCCACGAGCGGUGCCGGACCGAUGCGGUCAACAGCGGGAACGACUGUUCACGCGGGAGAUCGUGAUCGGCGAUGAGACCGCACCACCAACUUCGCUGACGGUAGAUGAAGUCGCGGUGGGGGACAUGCUUGGCUAUGUUGCCAAGGUGGCCCGCGAGUUUCUCUCGCAACGGUACGCAGAAAACAACGCACCGUUGCUCUACGUUCGCAUUCAGAUUGGGCAAGCGGCCUGCAAUGCUUUGCUAGAUUGCGGCGCAACUCGCAACUUCAUCAGCCAGUCCUUCAUGACUCGGGCUGGCCUUGGCGCACAAGUACGGAGGAAGUCACAUCCGACGACGGUCGCUCUUGCCGACGGUAAGACGAAACAGCUCUUAGACCGUUACAUCUCAGCUGUCCCGAUGUACUUUGCACCGCACGCAUGUGAACACGUCACUUUUGACGUGCUGGACACCGACUUUGAUGUCAUUUUGGGGAUGCCUUGGCUUUGUAACGCGGACCACACGGUCAACUUCCAUCGAUGCACGCUCACGAUUCGUGAUGCAACUGGCGUCGAGGUCCCAUGUACUAUUCCUCCUCCUCGCUCUUCCAUUCGGUGCCAAGUCGUGAGUGCCAAAUCUUUUCGAGACACAUGCCGUUCCGAGCAUGUCAAAGAGAUCGGCAUCGCUUUUCUUCGAACCGUCCCGAUGACCGACUCAUCGUCCACGGAUUUGUCUUUCGACUCCCGUGUGACCCGGCUGUUAGACGAGUUCUCGGAUGUUUCGUCCACGGAUUUGUCUUCCGACUCCCGUGGGACCCGGUUGUUAGACGAGUUCUCGGAUGUUUUUGAGACACCCUCCGGUAUACCGAACUCUAGAGGAGCAUCUCGAGCACCUUCGCCGUGUUCUAGAGCUAACCGCGACAAAUGCGAGUUUGUCUGGCAAGAGCUUGAAUACUUGGGCCAUUUUGUCUCUCCGGAAGGCAUUCGUACGUUGGCGGACAAGAUUCAAGCCAUCCAGGAGUGGCCCGAGCCGAAGAAUGUGACGGACGUCCGAUCCUUCCUCAGCUUGGCCGGUUAUUAUCAACGCUUCAUCAAGGGUUACUCGAAGAUCGCGGCCAACCUAAGCAAGUUACAAAGCGAGGAGCGGCCUUUUGACUUUGACGAGGAUGCGCGCCAUUCUUUUGAAACACUCAAAGCGACACUCUUAUCCGCGGAGGUGUUACAUAUGUCCGACCCUCUUCUAGCUACACGCGUCACUACCGAUGCGUCGGGCUAUGGCAUUGGGGCCGUCCUUGAGCAGCACGAUGGCACGGAUUGGCACCCGGUCGAGUACUUUAGCAAGAAAGUACCUCCCAUGCAUUCGAUCGACGAUGCACGGAAGGAGCUUCUGGCCUUCGUCCACGCCCUCAAGCGUUGGCGACAUYUCCUCCUUGGUCGGAAAGCAUUCCGAUGGGUGACAAAUAACAAUCCGUUGGUAUUUUACAAGUCGCAAGACACGAUUAACAGUACCAUUGCCCGUUGGAUGGCUUUCAUCGACCAGUUUGACUUUUUCCCCGAUCACAUUCCCGGGAAGUCAAACCGUUUUGCGGACGCCCUCUCACGGCGACCRGAUCUUUGCUCCGCAGUCUACUCUACCUUCGAGAUCGACGACGACUUGCGGGAGAGCUUCAUCCGCGACUAUCAAGCCGACCCCACUUUCGCGACAAUCCCUGUACGGACAGCGAGCGAUCAGCCUUAUAGAAUUCAGGACUUCCGGUUACGGAUUUUCAGGGCAGAAGAUGUAGCACAGGCACCAGUUGAGGCAGCUGAAGAUUACUUGACAUGGGUCGUUUCCCACUCUUGCAAUGCAGCUCAUGGGGAGCUGAAGGGGGAUCCAAAAGACGUAACUGCAGUGAUGGAGAUGGCAAACACGGAUUCACCAAGCACCUGGUACUACAACUACUGUCGCGAGUUCUUCAGAACCCUGUGCUUUUCGGAUCAUGAAAUGUUCGAUCAUCCUGUGACAUGUCUGCUUGCUGUAGCUUCUGCAGAAGCGAACCCCAUCAAGGCGUGCAAUGACCUAUGGAACCCGGACAGACUCCCAGCACUAUUCAAUGACGGUACAAUGGAUCCGAAAGUGCUCAAGCACUAUGUGUUGCUGCAUGAUGUGCAAGAAGCACCCCUUGAGAGAGCUGAAACCCUCCUCCAGGACAUGAAGGCGAUGUUUGGAAGUGGCGAGUGCAGCCUGCUUCGGAUAAACUCCAGUAGAACUGUGUUACCGAGAGAGGACAUCUGGUCACGUUGGAUUAUCCCUAUCAUUCAGUCUCGAGAAAGUGCUGCAGCUAUGACAGCAAGGCGGCCAUUUAAUUUGAUGGAUGGGGAGGCAAAUGGUGUCCGCCAGUAUGGACAGUACUUGUCAGAUGAGGACAUAGAAGGGAAAUUGGAGGACUUCCUGAAGAUGGUGGAGGACGAGUGGCACGAUCCUCAGGAGGCCCAAAGGGCCACUGAUGCGAUCCUGACACUGCACACGCGGCAGUUCAAGUCAGUAAGGGAAGCCACCAACGUUGUUGAGCGUCUGAUCUGCGUCCCAGGGGUGCGCUAUGACCCCCGGGUCUUACUUACCUCGUACCUGAGAUGCUUUUCAUUGCCGCUCAGGAACCAGUUGGCAAGGGAGGCCAACAUUAAUAUGCACAACUUUCCUUCGUUCAGCAAGAUGACCCUAGACCUUGAGGCUAAGAUAGGGCAUGGACAGGCACCCACUACGGAUGGGAGAAGAAAGACACUGCCUCCCGACUGGAAGGCGAAGGGUCGCUUAAUGUUUGUUGAUAACGAUGGUUCCACUAUCGAAGUAGACGAACACUUCCAGGAGGGAGUAGGUGCAAUGGCGGGCAGCGUAGAAACUUCAGAGGGUGGAGUGGUCGCUGUCGUAGCUCAAAAGGAAAGGCGAGCGGUAGACGCCGUGGAGUGCCACGUCAGCAGUGCCACGUCAGCAACAGUGCCACUACAGCAGUGCCACAUCAGCAGUGCCAUGUCAGCAACAGUGCCACGUCAGCAGUGCCACAUCAGCAGUGCCACAUUAGCAGUGCCACGUCGGUCACAGUGCCACGGCAACAGUGCCACGUUGGCAGUGCCACAUCAGCAGUGCCAUGUCGGUCACAGUGCCACGUCAGCAGUGCCAUGUAAGCAACAGUGCCACGUGACAGUGCCACGCCAGCAGUGCCCCGCCACCAUGACGGGCACAGCUCUGGGCAUGCCAGGCCAACUGGCCAACGAGUCACUUGCCGACUACAAACAGCGGUUCCAGGCUCAGAUCGCUCUGAUCGAGGCUGAGGAACAGCGCCAGCUGGCAGCCCAGGCUGCCCGCCCACAGGCUGAAGCAGCGGCAACAGCUGAGCAGCAGCGGCUACAGGCCGAAGCAGACGCAGAUACCCAGGCACGCCGCAAGGAGGCCCAGGAUCUGCUGCAGCGGCAUGAAGCUGCCAGCAUCGAAAGAUUCAAGUUCUGGCACUUUGAACCGUCCAACGGCGACGACGCUACUCAGGAAGAGCAGCAUAAGGAUUUCCUCUCCAAACUCGUGACACGGUUGUUGUACGCUUGCAACUACCAACGGUCCGAGUUAGAGAGAGAGAACCAGGAACUGCAGCAACAGUACCAGGAUCUGAAGACACAACACCAGGAGUUGGCAAACCUCCGCCGUAUAGUGCAGAGCCACGAGGAUGCGACACGGGCACUCAAUUCCCGUGUUUUGGACUUGGAGCAAGCCGUACUAGGACCAGAUGCUGGUGAGUCUAGCAGUGCACCCUCUCACCUCCAACUAGAGCAACGCGUCGACCACGUCGUCGCAAUGCUCGGCGACAUCAGCACCUUCGCUGCGCCGACCACCAUCAGCAAUCAGCUGGAUACUUUGAAGACCGAGGUCCAGCAACUACAGUCGACGAACACGGAUGGCAACAAUCCAAAGCAAUACAAGAUGCCAACCUUUCAACUGGAGAAGUUCGACGACUACACGCAUCAGGAUCCGGUGCUCUGGUGGGAAGCUUUCACGACGCAACUUCGGAUUCUGCCUAUCGCCAAGCACGCGUACAUCGGCGCCUUGCUCAUGAACUCAAAGGGCGGAUGCCUGAUCUCGUUAACCCACCUGGCAGCCACCCACGGCGUCGACGUCUCAGAUCUGAAGGACAAGAUCACAUGGGAAGAGUUUAGACGGCUGUGGAAGAAGCGGUUCGUCGCACUUGGUGAUCGCGAGCAGUAUGCAACCUUCGCCGAGAUCAUUGACAAGGCAAGGGAGAUCAUCAAGACCAACAGGGCGGCUGCACACGAGAAGUUAACGUGGCAGCCAACCUAUGUGGAGAAGGUGAGAACUGGUCCGCGACAGCAGCAGUUCGCUGCAGUCCAAUCGGACAACACUGUGGAAGACCUGGCAGCCACCCAAGCGUCACAUGAUGAAGAUCAAUUGUUUGCUGUCCAGCCGCGAAGCAAGAACAAACCCCGAGUGAACGGGAAGGCGAAACCAGCAUCGCAGGCCGGAAACGGAGAGCCAGCACCACCAUGGGUCAAGUUCAUCUUGACCGAGGCCGAGUACAAGUACCACAACCGUUACGGCUGCUGUUACUGGUGCAACAACACCAAGCACAAGACCUCCCUUUGCGAGGAUCAGGCCAAGGAGGAUUCCGCAUUGCAAUGUGCUCAAGGCACAAUUGCGGGAUUACUUGCACACUGCAGUACCGACUCCGUUGAUGGACGCCGGAGUAGAGGUUGUCGACCUUCACACCUACAUUGCGAAGAUCGACUGGAGUUCAAGACGCAACGGUACGACGACAUUGGCGUACCAUUGCUAUAUGUACGCAUUCAGAUCGGAGAGGCGACUUGCAACGCUUUGAUCGACUGCGGAGCAUCUUUAAACUACAUGAGUCAGGACUUCAUGGUACGCUCCGUCCUUGGCCCACGAGUCCGAAGGAAGUCUAAGCCCACGCAAGUCACGUUGGCAGAUGGUCACACGCACAAGUCAAUCGACCGGUGCAUUGAUGGCGUCCCAGUGUACUUAGCCCCUCACGCAAGUGAGGCGGUGUCCUUUGACAUUCUGGACACCAAAUUUGACAUGAUCUUGGGCAUGUCAUGGCUGCGAAGCGAGGAUCACCCUAAGAACUUCUACCGUCGCAACGUUCACAUUCGUGAUCGGAACGGAGUACUAGUCCCAUGCACGGUAGCUCCUCCUCACCCUUCAGUCAGCUGGCACGUGGUAUCCGCCGCAAGCAUGCGAGCUUCCAUCAUCAGAGACGACAUCGAGGGGAUGGGGGUGUGUUUUCUCCAUGCCCUCCCACCCCAUGACGCUUCAUCGACGGACUGUUCUUUGGAUCCACGCAUUACCGAACUUCUCGCCGCCUACAGCGAAGUGUUCGAAGGCCCGCACGGAGUAGUACUGGAUCGGCCCAUCCGCCACGAGAUCAUCCUCGAGGACGGGGCCGUACCUCUGCGCGGUUGCAUCUACCGAAUGAGCGAGGAAGAGUUAAUUGUGCUUCGGGCACAACUCGACGACCUUCUGGAGAAGUCUGGAUUCGGCCUAGCUCAUCGCCAUACGGCGAUCAUGAAUGCCGGCCCUCUCCCACGCAUCGACGAUCUUCUCGAGCGACUGGGCGGCGCUAAGUUCUUCUCCAAGCUGGACCUCAAAUCUGGAUAUCAACAACUCGAGAUUCGGAAGGAGGAUCGCUACAAGACCGCGUUUAGGACGCGAUAUGGGCAUUUUGAAUGGCUGGUUAUGCCAUUUGGCCUUACAAAUGCCCCGACCACUUUCCAAGCGGCUAUGACAACGUACCGGAGUUUGGAGGAGCAUGUGGAACACGUGCGUACCGUUUUGGAGCGGCUAGGACAAGCCAAGUACAAAGCCAACCGCGACAAGUGCGAAUUUGCGCGGCAGGAGCUGGAGUACUUGGGACAUUAUGUGACGCCACAAGGCAUCCGACCGCUUGCGGACAAGAUCGAGGCCCUACGAGUAUGGCCCGAGCCCACCAACACCACGGAAGUUCGUUCAUUCAUGGGAUUGGCGGGCUACUAUCAGCGAUUCAUCACCGGAUACUCGGGGAUUGCUGCACCUAUGACGAGAUUACAAUCGCCAAAGGUGCCAUUCAUAUUCGAUGACGACGCACGCCGGUCAUUCCAAGCACUUAAGACGGCUAUGCUCAUGGCACCCGUCCUUAGCAUCUAUGACCCCACCCUGCCGACGAGAGUGACCACGGACGCUUCCGGCUAUGGCGUUGGGGCAGUCUUGGAACAACACGACGGCGACGACUGGCACCCUAUGGAGUAUAUUAGCCACAAAGUGCCUCCCAUCAACUCGCUUGAUGAUGCAAGGAAGGAGCUGCUCGCAUUCGUCAUGGCUCUCAAGCGCUGGCGGCACUUCCUCUUUGGGCGCCGUAGGUUCACACGGGUUACGAACAACAAUCCAUUGACCUACUACAAGACGCAGGAUACGCAGAUGCGCUCUCGCGAAGACGUACUUUGCGCUAUGACACAUCAUGCCUUCACAUUUGAGGAGGAGCUUCAGCGACACUUCAUCCAGGGCUACGAGUCCGAUACAGAUUUCGCCACGCUAUAUGCCCAGCUAUCUUCGGAUUACCCACCAGCCAGCCACUAUCGCAUCGCCGAUGGGUACUUGCUCCUGCACUCACGGGGCAAGGACUUACUAUGUGUCCCACGCGACCGCCGUCUUGGGACUCGCCUCCUCGGCGAGUAUCAUGAUUCGCGACUCGCCGGCCAUCUCGGAGUCAACCGCACUAUUGCACGGCUUCGACAACGAUUCCGCUGGCCCGACCUCAUCACCGACGUCAUGAGGUAUUGCGACUCUUGCGAAGUUUGCCGACGAAGCAAACCCCGCAACCGCAACCCCUACGGCGAGCUGCGCCCGAUGCAGAUCCUGCAGGAACCCGGUCUCUCCAUUGCCAUGGAUGACACCGGACCAUUCCCCCGCGACCGCCUCGGACACGACGGCGUCCUCACGGUUGUGGACCGUUUGAACGGGGAGACGGAGCGGGCACAUCAAACCGCUCAAAUGAUGCUUCGUACGCUCAUCCGUCCGGACCAGAAAGAUUGGGUUGACCGCCUCCCCGACAUCGAGUUCGCCUACAACACUUCGGUGCACCCGGCGAUCGGCGUGACUCCAUUCGAGUUGCACCACGGUGGAUGGAAAGGCCGUAUCUUCGCCGACCUUCUCCUCCCACGUCCAGCCGACAUCGAUGCCGCUUGCUCUCCCGCUUCCAUUCGGAAGUACAGGGAAUUGCUCGCUCAAGCCUGCGCAAAUAUGCAAAAGGCUCAAGUCCGCAUGCAGCAGCAAGCCAACAGGCAUCGCGUGCCAUGUCCCAUCCGCCCCGGCGACCUGGUUUGGGUUUCCGGGGAAGAGUUUGCACUGGAACAGGAUGUCUCACGCAAACUGCUUCCCAAGUGGUUUGGACCAUGGCCUGUAACAUCGGCCGCGGGCGAUGAGCCCCAUGGCCCUUCAUUUGUGAUCAACAUCCCCCCGCAUCUGACGGUCCAUCCAGUCUUUCAAGCCUCAAAGCUGGCAACAUACACGCCAGCUAAGAGCGACGACUUUCCGGGCCGACGAUCGCAGGACCCUCCUUCUAUGGAUGGUCAUCAGGAAGUUGACCGCGUCAUCACCGAUCGCAAGUACGGCAGCAAGCCGCGACAGUACAAAGUCGAGAACAUGUUCUAUGUGUGUCUCACAGGGAAUCACUUUGGUUUUCAGGUCGAAGAGUUUGUGACAGAUCUGGCAGUGAAAGCGGUCAUUCCUCAUAUGGAGCAAAAGAUCCGUAUGCUUAAUCAUCAGAUUUCUGCAACACGCAAGGGACUGAAGAACCAGCUGCGCAACUUGUGGUGGCGGAAAGGGAAGGAUGAAUUUCAGGAGAGCAGCAGAGAUGGGGCAACGUUGUGCCCCAUAAUCUUCAGGGGAUCGACAAGCAAGGCUGUCAAACAUUUCCUAAAGCCCAUGAAGCCGUGUGCAAUGAGGGCGGGGGAGAUAGUCCACACUGUUGUUGCUGUCGGCGCGAAGAUCCAACCGAAUGACAAGAACACAAAGUACUUGCUGAAGAAUUACAAAGGAACCAGUGCUGAGUCAGAAGUACUUCAUGAUCAUGCGCUGACUGGAGAAGAAGGCUUCGAUGAUCUCCAAAUAGGCGAGCCCCAGCCACUGCUUGGCCGGUCUGUCGCCCGCAUUGCGAACUUGUCUGCUGCCGUGCUGGGCCAGGCGAGUGGAGGGGAGGGUGCAGCAGCGGGUGGAGGCAAUGAUGAAGGGCAAGGGUCGACAUCACGAGUGGUCACCACCCGACAGACCACUGUACGGUGGGCUGGCAUCGCAUUCAUUUUCCGCUAUAUGGACACGACACAGACAUUGCAUGCUGUGUACUUGGAGGUGGCGAGCGGGAGGCCGAAGGUGAAGCUCCCUUCGUACAACCACACGAGGAAGGUCAUGUUGGAUGUCAUCUAUCUCAAGAUACACAAGGAGGCGCUUUCAUUGACUGCAUGCUGGGACACGCCCGGAUGCACGUUCAUUACUGACGGGUCAACCGAUCGCAAGAAUCGGCCAGGGAGCAGAGUGCGGUCUUGUGGCGACGGUGACAAUGACGGGGAGGAAGAAGAAUGCCCAGCAUUGGUGAGGUUGUGGGAGCAGGUCAUGAGGGAGAUAGGCUUGAACUACAUCAAUGCCAUGUGCACCGACAACGCGGAGGUGAACAAGAAGGCGGCCCAGAUCCUAGAACGACGCAAGGACAAGGAGGUGGCCAGGAUUCCUUGGGUUCCUUGCGGGGCACACUGUUGCAGUCUCCUACUGAAGGACUUGGCAAACAUGUCGUGGAUCAAGGGCACUGUGAAGACCGCAAACACGAUCAGAAAGAGGAGGCAAAGGAGAAUGGUGAAGGCACCAAGAGGCAGAAUUCCCAAGGAGCUUGUUGAUUCCGACUCCAGCGGCAGCAACGUCCUCAAGGAUCUCGUGUGGAAGGGCAAGUGUUGGGACAAGUCCUCAUCGGAGGAUUGUAGCGAGGAGGAGGCAGGGGACUCCGAUUUCGAACUUCGUGAGGCGCCAACUGUCUCGGCAACCACAUAUGUUGGCAGGCGUACGAGGCAACGAGAGAGGGAUCUUGAGGUGGAGCCCAUGCCGGUUGUCGAUGUGGUGGAUACAGAUGUCGAGUUUUUGUUGCACCCCCAUGACGAUCCGGACGAGGAGGAGGCCACACAUGCUAAGGCAAUGGCAGACAAGGAUGCUGAACUUGUGGACAAGCGAAUGCGUGCGGAGGAGGUCCGUCGUGCUGCGCUCGCUACCCACAGGGAGAGGGAGAGACGAGCUGCACAACAGAACAAGCACACCGAUGAGCUGGUGAAGGAGGUGGACAUGGAGGACAGGGAGAACAUUGCAAUGCACGAAGAAGAGAAUAUGGUACAACACGGUGGAGGAGGAGUGGAAGAGUGGGAGGAGCGGGAGGAGGAGUGGGAGGAGCUGGAGGAGUGGGAGGGGAAACGGGAAGGGGAAGAGGAGGCGCGGGAGGAGGAACGGGAGGAGGAGUGGGAGAAGGAGCGGGAGGAGUGGGAGGGGAAACGGGAAGGGGCAGAGGAGGCGCGGAAGGAGCAGGAGGAGGAGGGGGGGAGGAGCGACUACAGAUGGCAGAUCCUAUCUAGCCUACUCUUCAAUGCCGCUGAUGACGUCAACAGCUCCCCGAAGUACGAGCAGAUCUCGGCUGAUGCCACACGCUUCAAGCACCAGAUAAGGUUGCUUGCUGAUUUGGCCUUUAUGCUUCGGGACUACGAUCUCGCUCUCUCCAAUUACCGGUUGCUGGCAGGAGAUUACAAAACUGACAAGGCUUGGAAGCAUUAUGCCGGAACACAGGAAAUGAUAGGCCUCUGCCUUUAUUUUCUUGACCAUUCGCGAAGAGAAAUGGAGCAGUGUCUGGAUACUGCAUACAACCAUUAUCAGAGGAGCGGUCUCACCAGUGUGAGGUAUGCAACAAGGGCAGCAAUUUGGCUUGCUGAGGUCCAGAAGUCAAAGGGAAUGUUCCGGGAAGCUGCCGGUGUGCUUAUGAGGGCAUCAACUGAGGAGUCGAAUUUACGAUCUGCCAUUAUGUUGGAGCAAGCAGGGUAUUGCUUUUUGAGGACCUCUCCUCCUAUGCCAAGGAAGUACGGCUUUCACCUAGUUCUUGCAGGACAUCAGUACUCAAAGAGCACGCAGAGGGAUCACUCGCUGCGUGUAUACAACAUGGUUCUUGGCGUAUAUGAAGGAAAGGGUUGGGCGCAUAUUAGUGACCACGUCAACUUUGCUCUUGGACGGUUGUAUGGGUAUGUGGAAAGAUACAACGGAGCUGUGGAGUACUUCAUGAGACUCCUGCUUUGCACACAUCAGACGGCAGAUUUGCAGAGAACCUUUCUCAGGGAGUUCCUGCAUUGGGUACAGAAAGCAUCAACGCUGGGAACCGCUGAGGUUGACCCCAUGAAGUUUGCUCUGAACCUCGACCUCCCAGUUGUGAACUUGGAACACUUGUAUGUUCUUUUCGAGGACCAAGUCACCUACGGGUCAUUAGAGGCGGCAGAAGUUGGAGAUGAGGUGUGGGCUGGAUUGGAAGAGGGUCUCAUCCCACCUUCAAGCAGUGUGGUUCCCACAUGGAUGGAUGGACCCAAGAGAAGAAGCAGCUCGUCUGUGCCACUGAAUACAUGUGUUGCAGGCGAGGAGGUAGGAGUCGUCGUGGAGUUCUCAAACCCACUGCAAAUCACAAUUGACGUUUCCUCCGUACGACUUGUAUGUGAUUUCUCUCCUGCGGAUGAGAGCCCCAAAAGCCCAAUGGUGCUUUCACCAACUUCCUUACUGAAGACAGGAGCACGAGGUCAUCUGAGGCAGAUCUUGGAGAAGUUGUGCGAAGCAAAUUUCAAGAUCAAUGCGAAGAACUGCGAGUGGGGCAAGAUAAAGAUUUUGUACUUGGGCCAUGUUUUAGAUGGUGACGACAUAAGGCCUGAGGGCAGCAAGAUCGCAGCAAUCAAAGAUUGGUCAACGCCGCGUACACUCACAGAGUUGAGAUCGUUCUUAGGACUGGCUAACUAUUACAGGAAGUUCGUAAGGAACUUCUCUGCAAUCGCUGCUCCCCUUCGCAUACUGCUAAAGAAAGAGGCAAUUUGGAAAUGGGACCAAGAUUGUACGUCGGCCCUAAAGAAGUUGAAGUGGGCCUUGAUAGAGUACCCAGUCCUCAAGGCAGCUGACCCAUCCUUACCCUUUGUUGUUACAACUGAUGCGAGUCAGUAUGGAAUUGGUGCUGUUUUACAGCAGGACGAUGGCAAUGGGUAUAGACCUGUAGAGUUCAUGUCCGCUAGGAUGCCUUCAAAGAAGGUGGCGACAUCUACCUAUGAAAGGGAACUCUACGCUCUCAGGCAAGCAUUAGACCACUGGAGACAUUACUUGCUUGGGAGGCACUUCAAAGUCUACUCGAACCACGAAACAUUGAGGUGGUUGAAGACGCAGGUCAAGAUGACGCCUAAGCUUAGUAGGUGGGCCACAGAAAUAGACCAGUUUGACUUUGAGCUCAAGCCAUUCAAAGGAAAGUACAAUGUGGUUGCAGACGCCCUUAGUAGAAGAGGCGACUACUUUGGAGCCAUAGUUCACUAUCUGGAUAUAGGGUCAGGCUUACAGCAAAAAGUUGCAGAUGCGUACGCGCAGGACCCUAUCUAUAGCGUAUGCGCAGGACCCUAUCGCCUCAAAAGUGUCAAGGAGAAUCCAGCCAGAGAGCCCAAGUACCGCAUCACUAAUGGGUUGCUGUUUGAGAAGACAAACGUCGUAGAUCGGCUAUCCAUUCCCAACAGCGAAGAGAUUCCCAGUCUAAUCUUAGGGGAAUGUCAUAAUACUGAAGGGCACUUCGGUUGGCAAAAGACAUUAGCCAACCUGAUUUGUGCCUACACUUGGCCUGGCAUAAAAGCUGACUGUAUAGAGUAUGUGCGUAGUUACAAGGUAUGCCAGCGCAAUAGAACUACGACGCGAGCCCCGUAGAGUCUUCUCAGACCCCUGCCUAUCGCAUCAGGACACGAAGAUUCUUGUGUCCAUAGAUUUCAUGGAUGCUGGGGUCAGGAGUAGGCAUGGCAAGAGCCAAGUCAUGGUUGUAGUCGAUAGAUUUAGCAAUUCUGAGGGACGUACAAAUCUAGUAAUAGAGAAGUUAUUUGAUCAUUGGGUCAGUGAGCAUGGUCUACCACUGUCAAUAGUUAGUGACAGAGAUACCAGGUUCACUAGUCAGAUCUGGCAGGAACUGAUGAAGGUGUAUGGUUCUAAGUUGCUAAUGUCAUCUGGCCGUCAUCCAGAGACUAACGGUGAGACUGAAAAGAUGAACAAAGUCCUGCAACAAGU